UUAAUUUCUUUAUAUAUUUUCCCUCAUCCCGCAAAUUCAACAUUAACAUAGAAUUUCUUCUUUUUUCUUCGAUCAUGGUUACAUCAAAAUUUCUUAUAGUUUUAGCUUUUCUCUUCGUAUUGUGUAACAAUGGCCGCGUAUUGGGAUCUCACAGGAUUUACGUUGAGUAUCAAAAUUUUAAAGCCGAUAAGGUCAGUCAAGUUCACAGAACUGCCUACCAUUUUCAACCUCCCAUGAACUGGAUAAACGAUCCAAAUGGACCAAUGUACUACAAAGGUCUAUAUCAUCUGUUCUACCAAUACAACCCCAAGGGAGCAGUGUGGGGCAAUAUUGUUUGGGCUCAUUCAGUAUCAAAGGAUUUAAUCAACUGGGAAGCCCUUGAACAUGCAAUCUAUCCAUCAAAAGAGUUUGAUAAAAAUGGCUGUUGGUCUGGUUCAGUAACUAUUCUUCCAGAUGACAAGCCUGUGAUCCUUUACACUGGAAUUGACCCAAAAAAACGUCAGGUCCAAAACUAUGCAGUACCCAAAAACUUGUCGGACCCGUAUCUCCGAGAGUGGGACAAGCCUGAUGAUCACAACCCAAUAGUGGAUCCGGAUAAGAGUGUGAAUGCUAGUGCAUUUCGUGAUCCAACUACUGCUUGGUUGGUUGAUGGGCAAUGGAGGAUGGUGGUAGGGAGUAGAGACAAGGAUACAGGCAUUGCAUAUUUGUAUAGAAGUAAGGAUUUUAAGGAAUGGGUUAAAGCUGAAAGCCCUCUUCAUUCACUUGAGAAAACGGGUAUGUGGGAAUGCCCGGAUUUCUUCCCGGUUUCAUUGUCGGGUGAAAACGGGUUGGAUACAUCAGUUUUUGAGAAAAAAGGGAAGCAUGCAUUCAAAGUUAGCUUAGAUGUAACAAGAUAUGAGUAUUACACUAUAGGUACUUAUGAUAAGGAGAAUGAUAAGUAUAUUCCUGAUGAGGAUUCUAUUGAUGGGUGGAGUGGACUUAGAUUUGAUUAUGGCAACUUUUAUGCUUCCAAAACUUUUUUUGACCCAAGUAAACAUAGGAGGAUUUUGUGGGGUUGGGCUAAUGAGUCUGAUACUGUGAAGGAUGACAAGGAAAAGGGAUGGGCUGGAAUCCAGGCAAUUCCAAGAAAGGUUUGGCUAGAUGCUAAUGGGAAACAGCUUGUACAAUGGCCUGUUGAAGAAUUGGAAACUUUAAGAACUAACGAGGUCCAAUUAAGCAAUCAAAAGCUCCAAAAAGGAGAACAUAUUGAAGUCAAAGGCAUCACUGCUGCCCAGGCUGAUGUUGAUGUCACCUUCUCAUUCCCAAGCCUGGACAAAGCUGAAUCAUUCGACCCUAAAUGGGAAAAACUUGAUGCACUAGACGUCUGUGCCCAAAAGGGAUCCAAAGUUGAGGGUGGUCUUGGACCAUUUGGGCUCUUGACAUUAGCCUCAGAAAAGCUAGAAGAGUUUACUCCAGUGUUCUUUAGAAUAUUCAAAGCACCAACUAAACAUGCAGUUCUCCUUUGCUCAGACGCAAGCAGCUCUUCCUUGGGAAAUGGACUAUAUAAGCCAUCCUUUGCUGGGUUUGUUGAUGUAGAUUUAACAAAUAAUAAGCUUUCACUUAGGAGUUUGAUUGAUCAUUCAGUGGUGGAAAGUUUUGGAGCCGAAGGCAAAACUGUAAUAUUGUCUAGAGUUUAUCCUACUUUGGCUAUUCUUGGUAAGGCUCACUUGUUUGUAUUUAAUAAUGGAUCCGAGACGAUUACAAUGGAGAAACUCGGUGCUUGGAGCAUGAAGAAGCCCCAAAUGAACGAGGCCCUUAAAAAAUAAGGUGGAAAAGAAGUAAGCUAUGUUGUGAUUCAUUCUGUCUAACAUGUCCAUACUUGUAAAAUUCAAUAAUCAAGGCUUAACAAAUGUAAAGCUUCACUUCAAUUCCAGAAUUAAUGAAUUAAAGCUACCAAAGCUAUAAACCAU